UCAUACACUUGUGCCGUCACGCGACGAGCUGACACACACAGCCGGGGCGGCAGGAGGAGGAAUGGCCAGUUACUGAUGUUGCAGUCACAUGCAUACGUCCGAUUCGCACCGAUAGAGAAGUUUGAGCCCUCUUUUGCCGUCGAUCAUAUCAAGCAGGGCAAUGUAGUGCGAAGGUGUGAGUGACGUGCCGGCAGGCAGACGGACCUGCACGACACAACCACAAGAUGGAAUGCGACAAUCCACCCACUGCAUGCGAAUGCAAAGAAUGUUCGUGUGUGAGUACCAGGGCAGCCCUCGUCAUCCUGACGAUGGCCAACAGGACCCACACCAACACUGAGGCCGACGCGCGCAGCACGGAGCCGCACACGGACACAAUGAUCGACACGAGCACGCCGACCAGCGGCAGCACCCACCUGCACCAAGCAUCAUCGGUCAAGAUACAGCAUGGGCAUACAUGAGUCGAUUUUUACGCCUCACCUCUUGACGUUGGCCCGCACAGAGCCUCCCAGUGCACUGGUCUGCACUAUCGCCACACACUCUUGUGCCAAGUAGUUGGGACGCACCGCAGCCUCCUGAGUAUUCGCUCUGAUCCAUCCAGCAGUCGAUGCACACACAAAGAGAGAAGGCAGCACUACGCCAGUGUGAUGUCCCUCUCUCUCUCUCUCUCUCUGUGUGUGUGUGUGUGUGUGUGUGUGUGUCUGUAUGCGUGUGAGUACCUGCAUGUAGGGCAGCAUACAGCACGAAGGCCGUGGGGGCGGUGGCGGAUGAGCUCUCCGACGCACUCCAAACAUCCGGAAUGUCCUGCAUCAACAAUGGCGGCAUUGACAGGUCCGGCAUGUCCACGUCAUUCAGCUCUGAGAGUCUGUGUGCACCAUUCAUUGCUCACUCACCGCAUGUCUGCACCUGGGUGUGAGUCUGUGUGUGAUAGAUAACACACGCCGCACUUGGGCACACCACCAGAGAGAGGAACCCGCCGCCAUCUCUGCAGCCAACAACACACGGAAGUCACACGGAUGCAGGGGACCAUGAAUCAUGACGCUUCAUCUCACCAAUUGCCUCUCACAUGGGAAUGUGCCCUUCCUUCUGCACCAGCCGCAUUGCAGAUCGGUAGCGUACCUCUAGGCCUCCCUGCCGCCCUCACCUUGGCCACGAGUUAUCUCUCCACCGCUCGGUGAUCACAUACGAUAUGGGAG